AUGUCAGUGCCUGUAACCUCCGAUAUUCCUACGUCAAUGGACGCUCAACCAACUGCAGCAGAUAAUGAACGGAGAAAGGCUAUGUCCAUAAUUAUUAAUAGAUACAACGAUAAGCUGACAACUUUGCCAAAGGAGAAAGGUUGGUUAACAGAAAACCUACGCCUGUAUGAGGGCUUUUGGCAAGAGUCGAUCCGUGUCAUCUCAGUUCUAACUCUAAUGGCCUCGCAGGACAGUUUUCAAGCUCAACCAACUGAUAUCUAUGUAGCCACACUUCAAAAAGCUGGGACAACGUGGUUAAAGGCGCUUGCAUUCGCUAUAGUAAACAGAACCAGGUACAAAAACAGUUCUCUUUCAUCCCACCCUCUACAAAUUCUUAACCCACAUAAAUGCGUUCCUUACAUUGAAAUGGAAAGUUUAAGAACGCUUCCUAGUUAUGCCGAUGGACAAUCACCUCGUCUAUUUUCUACCCAUAUACCUUACACUUCAUUGCCUCAAUCCAUUCUUGAUAAUGAGUGUCGAGUAGUUUACAUGUGUAGAAACCCAAAAGAUGUUUUUGUUUCUUUGUUUCAUUAUGCCAACAAGCUGAGAGACAAAUCUCUUGCUCAAAUGAGAUUCGAGGAGGCGUUUGAGAUGUUUAGUAAUGGUUUGAUUCCAGGAGGACCUUAUUGGGAUCAUGUGAAAGGGUACUACAAGGCUGCUAUUGAACGCCCAUCAAAGAUUCUAUUUUUAACGUACGAGGACAUGCAAAAGGAUAGUGUGAAUAAUGUAAAGCGUCUGGCAGAGUUUAUGGGAUAUCCUUUUACGGAGGAGGAAGAGAGCAAAGGUGUUGUGCAAGAGAUUGUGGCACUAUGUAGUUUUGAAAAUAUGAGAGAGGUUAAUAAGCAUGGGAUACUUGCUGAGGGUGUUCGUAAUGAUGUUUUCUUUAGGGAAGGGAAAACUGGAGAUUGGACAAAUCAUCUUACAAAUGAAAUGAGCCAAAUUUUGGAUCAAAUCACCAAAGAAAAGUUUGAUGGUUUGGAUAUCUCCUUCUAA